AUGGAAGAGCAAACAGGCCCCAGUUUGGAAGAGGAUUUCGAAGCCCCUGAAGCUACACAUACAGGACCUAAAGGGGUGAUCCAUGACUGGAGGAAGUUUAAAUUAUUAAGUGAAGACAGAGACACCCUGUCUUUGAGCAAGAAAGAGAUCCUUAUCAGGCAAAUGUCCUCACCCCAUCGAUCUAACAACAAAGAUGAUACCAGAGAGAGAUUCAUUCGGAAGAUGAGCAUGCAGGAGUAUGAGCUUAUUAACGGUGAAAAAGAAGAUGAAACUUGCCUUCGGAAAUACCGGAAACGCUGUAUGCAGGACAUGCACCAGAGGCUGAGCUUUGGGCCUAAGUAUGGCCACCUUUCAGAGCUGCAGAAUGGAGAGCAGUUCCUGGAGACUGUAGAGAAGGAGAGGAAAACCACUACCAUUAUUGUCCACAUCUACGAAGAUGGUAUCAAGGGCUGUGAGUUACUCAACAGCAGUUUGACCUGUCUUGCCGCUGAAUAUUGCAUGGUGAGAUUCUGCAAAAUCAAGGCCUCAAACACAGGGGCUGGAGACCGUUUCUCUCCCAAUGUUCUUCCGACGCUUCUUGUCUACAGAGGUGGGGAGCUUGUAAGCAAUUUCAUAAGUGUUACUGAACAGUUCAAUGAGCAGUUUUUUGCUGUGGAUGUGGAGACGUUCUUGAAGGAAUAUGGGUUGCUACCUCAGAAGGAAAUCCCAGCAUUUGGGAAUGGUAACAUUGAGGAGAAAGAGCUCGAAUAG